CGUGGUGCCACGGGCGGCCUGGCUUCCGGCGGCUGCGGGUCAGCGCGUGCGGCGGCGGCCCAGUGGACUGCGGAGCCAUGGAGAGUGGCUUUGGCUCGGACUUCGGGGGCUCCGGCGGCGGUAAGCUGGACCCGGGGCUCAUCAUGGAGCAGGUGAAGGUGCAGAUCGCCGUGGCCAACGCGCAGGAGCUGCUGCAGAGGAUGACCGACAAGUGCUUCCGGAAGUGCAUCGGGAAGCCGGGGGGCUCCCUGGACAACUCGGAGCAGAAGUGCAUCGCCAUGUGUAUGGACCGCUACAUGGACGCCUGGAACACCGUGUCCCGUGCCUACAACUCGAGGCUGCAGCGGGAACGAGCCAACAUGUGACCCGGAGCCCCGGCCUCGCCAGG